AUGAUUUCUGAUGAGAAACUCACCGCAUUCCAAUUAUUUUUCCCCUAUAGGGAUCAUGAAGCAGAAGAACCUCAGCUCUCAGACUGGUUUAACCCUAAAAAACGUCCUGAUGUAUUAACAACAACCGAUUGGCUUGCUCCAGUCAUCUGGGAAGAAACUUACAAUAGACAGGUCCUGGAAAAAUAUUAUAAAAGUCUAAACAUUACCAUAGGCUUGUUUGUACGGUUUCCUGAAAACAUUACAAGACAGUACCUGAAACAGUUCAUCGAAUCUGCUAAUAAGUACUUUAUGAUUGGCCACAAAGUUAUCUUUUACAUCUUGAUGGAUGACUUCUCCUGUCUACCUCCCAUAGAGUUAGGUCCCCUUCGAACAUUUAAACUAUUGGGUUUGUUUAGAGAAAACGAGUGGGAAGACACUAAUGCCAUAAACAUGUACAACUUAAAUUUGUACAUUUUAAAACACAUCAAGGAUGAAGUUAACUUUCUCUUCAGUAUGAGUAUAAAUCAGAUCUUCAAGAAUAACUUUGGAGUGGAAGCCCUGGGCAAAUCUGUAGCUCAACUUCACUCACGGUUGUAUUUUGAAAAUGUUAAAAAUUUCCCUUAUGAAAGAAGAUCUAAAUCAGCAGCUUUCAUCCCUUUUGGACAGGGAGAUUUCUAUUACCAUAGUGCAAUUUUUGGUGGCACACCCAAAGACAUUUUAAACUUCAUUGCAGAAUAUAGAAAAGGAGUGAUUCAUGACAUCAAAAAUGAACUUAGCAGCACAUAUGAACAUCACCUAAACAAAUAUUUUUUUAUCAAUAAGCCCACUAAGUUGUUAUCACCAGAAUACAAUUGGGAUCCAGCUUUUAGAACUCCUCCACAAAUUAAACAUGUUAAGAUAGCAUGUCAGUCAAGAGGGAUUUGAUU